AUGGUUCAUGGGGCCGGAAAUGCGACGGGAACGGGCAGCACGGGUACGAGCACUGGCACUGGAACCGUCACCGUCACUGGCACUGGGGCCACCAAUGCCCGCCGCGAUAAGAAGCUUGCAGGUGAUAGCAGCUCGACACGGCCGCUGAAACGCCGCUGCGUCAGUAACGCCUGCAUCGCGUGUCGGAGAAGGAAGUCCAAGUGCGAUGGGAACACCCCGGCCUGCGCCGCGUGCGCCUCCGUCUACCAUACCGAGUGCGUGUACGAUCCCAAUUCAGACCACCGCCGCAAGGGCGUCUACAAGGCCGACAUCGAUAAUCUCAAGAACCAGAACAGCACUCUACAAACGCUGAUUGAGGCAAUACUAAACUACCCCGAGGACCGCGUGUACGAGCUUGUGCGGCAGAUUCGGACCUGUGACUCACUCGAGGACCUCGCCGAGGCGAUAGUCGCGGAUGCUGCAAACGAUGCGGAAGGGGAGUCACCGGAAAGCGGGAGCUUUGAUGCCGCGGGUGCGAGUGGUGAAGGGGAAAACCCGGCGAGUCUGGAGGCAGAGCUGAGUGGCAAGCUGGGGCAAUUGCGCAUCGAGGAUGGUCAGGUUAGGUUCAUUGGGGCUACGAGCAACUUGAUGUUCGUGCCGACAGGGCGCAAUGAGGAUGAAGACGAAGAGGAGGAUCGAAAGAAGAACGGCCUGGACAUAUACGAGAAGAACCCCAUCACGACAUGGACAAAAGUUACGGACGAUCCGGAGCUUAUCAAUCAUCUGGUCACCAUGUAUUUUGCUUGGCAUUAUCCAUACUUCACGACACUCAGCAAGGACUUGUUUUACAAAGAGUUUGUGCACGGGAUGCGGGGGUCUUCGCAGUCGGGGACGGUAUAUUGUACACCGUUGCUCGUCAAUGCUAUGCUAACCCUUGGAUGUCACUUUACUUCCGUACCAGGUUCGCGGGCAAAUCCGAAUGAUUCAUCAACAGCCGGCGACCAUUUCUUUAAGGAGGCAAAACGACUAAUUCUCGAGAACGACGAGCAUGAAAAUCCGCGAUUGACAACGGUACAAGCACUCGCGUUGAUGAGUGUUCGGGAAGCUGGCUGUGGACGAGAGUCAAAGGGAUGGGUGUAUUCCGGCAUGAGCUUCAGGAUGGCCAUGGACCUAGGACUGCAUCUAGAUCCUAACUCUCUGAAAGAAGGUGUGGGCACCGGCUCCAGCAGAAUUACCGAUGAGGAAGUGGACGCUCGGCGGGUGACAUUCUGGGGGUGCUAUCUAUUCGACAAGUGUUGGAGCAAUUACAUGGGCCGGAUGCCACAACUGCCUUCCUCGAUGGUGACGGUCCCCAAACCUGAUGUUUUCCCCAGCGAAGAUUCAGACAAUUGGCAUCCGUACACCGACACUGGGCUCUCUAUGGCCAACCCGCAGCCCUCCCGCAUACGCGCUGUCGCACUCCGCAUUACUAUGCUCUGUGAAAUCAGCAAUGAUAUCCUCCUCUCCUUCUACAACCCCACCCCCGGCAGCACAAGCGCCGGUGGUGCAACCUCCAUCGAUGCAUCUGCCACUAUCGCCAAGGUCUUACAGCAAGGCAAACACAGCGCUCUUGGAGAAUUCAAAAAGCUCGGCGAACUGUUCACACGUCUUGAAGAAUGGCGCAAAAAGCUGCCCCCAGAGUUGGAAGCAAAAGAAGGCAGUCUUCCCAGUGUGCUGCUGAUGCACAUGUUCCACCAGACGCUCUACAUCCACCUCUUCCGGCCAUUCCUGAAGUUCUCUGCCGCCACAACGUCCACACUCUCCCAUCUCGACCCCCGGAAAGCGUGCCUAGGCGCAGCCACUACAAUGUCGAAAUACCUCCGCUUCUACAAACGCCGUUACGGCCUACGACAAAUCUGCAACGUCGCCGGCUACUUCAUCCACUCCGCAUGUACCAUCCACCUCCUCAACCUCGGCCAGAAGACCGCAAAGCGGGACAUAGUCCAAGGCCUCAAGUCCCUCGAAGAGAUCGGCGAAUUCUGGCUCGUCGCCAAACGCGCCCUCAUCAUCGUCGGCAUCCUCGUAAAGCGAUGGCGAAUCGAGCUCCCCGAGGAAGCCGAAGGCGUCCUCCGCCGCUGCUGGGUCGAGGGGCGCCGCUUCGGCCUCGGUGCAGAGGUCGAGCGCGUACUCGGCCGCAAACUCGAGAGGACCAAGAAGAGCUCCCCGAACCCGGCUAUGUCGCCGGCGAGCGCGAGCGCGAGCAGCCCGCCGCCGAGUAUGAUCAACAUCUAUAACACGUCGUCCACGUCCGCCGGCUCGCCCUCCGCAUCCUCCCCCGCACACCCGCAGCAGACGCAGUUCCAACCAUACUUCCCGCAGCAGCAGCAACAACAAGCGCCGCAGACCACCACCGCUGCAACCGCUGUCCCAACAAGCGCAUCAUCACCGUCCUCGUUCCUCAGCCCCCCGCAACAGCAGCAACAGCAGCAGCAGCAGCCGUUCUUUGCGCCCCUCCAGCAGCCAUACAUGACCUUCAACGCGCCCUCACCCAGCUCGGCCAGCGCAAGUACACCGGAGAAUGCAGAAGGCUUCAGCCAAGACUGGUGGUACCGCGACCAGACGGAGCUCGCGAGCGAACUGGGUGUCGGAAUGGGCAUCGACUGGGGCCUUGCUAGUGCCGCCGUGGGCACGGGCGCGACGCCGCGGUCGGAUGUGUCGCAGGGGGAGGGCGCGGGGAAUGUCCAGGCGGCUAGCGGGCCGGGGCCGUUUGGCGGGCUGGAUGGGUUUGGGAAUUGGGCGUGA